AUGGGCUCUACUACUGUACCAGGUUUGAAGCCUCGUGCGAUACCUCUCGCGAAGAAAUCGGGAAAUUUAAUUCCAGCUCUUCAAGAUAAAACCAAGGAACCUGAAGCUAUCAAUGGACAAAAAAAGACCAAGGCAAGGGUCAAGGUAGUCAACAGUGUACCUGUACCAACACCUGGUGUUCGGAGAAGUGCAAGAGAACGCUGUCCACCGAAGCCGUAUGAUCGCUCAAUCAUUGACUCUGGCAACUUGAAGAUCACCAAACCUAAAUCAAGAAUGCCUGGAAAGAAUCCAGACUGGGCCAAUCCUAAGAGCGAGCAUUGGGAUGUCAUGAAAUUUCUUGAUGACGAUUCUAUGGUUCUUAAGACCAAUUUGGAUGCACGACCACCCAAGGCAAAAUUUCAAUUCAUUGUCAAUAAUUCUAUUCGAAAUCCUGAGACAUAUCGACCAGACAAAUCCAGCUACGUCUCCACACCAAAUCAGAAACCACCGCCAGUCCAUCCUAAACUCCAAGCUCACAUAAAAAACGGCACUGACACCAAGUCAUUGCAUCAAUACUAUGAUAAAUAUGAGCCUGGACAGAUCAAUCCUAUCGCUGGACGAUUAUUCGACGACAAUAAAUUACCUCCUGCACGAUUAAAACGAAAGAGGCUAUUUCCUCUCUCAUAUGACGAAGCUGCUAUAGCAGAGAUUAUGAAGCCUGCUCCGAAGAGACUUAAGCUCACUCUUAAGAAGGCUCUUCCAAAGCCUUCGCUCAAGAAGACCCCUGCAAAGACCACUGGGGUCACAACUGAAAAGAAAGUUCAUUUUGCCCAAGGAAUGACCAACAACUCUGAAGUCAGAGUCCGUCUUGUCAAAACCACCAAGAAGAUGUUACCUCACAUUGCGAAAACGAACAUUGUGAUGGUGAAACGUAAUUUUAACUAUUUACAGGAAGAGAACUUUCACAACCGACCAUCCAUCAACCUUGUUAUUCCUGAUCAUAUUAAAGCAAUUCUCGUUGAUGAUUGGGAGAACGUUACCAAGAAUCAACAACUUGUACCAUUGCCACAUAAGAAACCUGUCGAUCAAAUAUUAAAUGAUUGGCUCGAGUUUGAAAAACCAAAGCGACCUGUUGGAAGUGCACAAGCAGACAUCUUGGAAGAGAUUGUUGCUGGUUUGAAAGAAUAUUUUGAGAGAUGUCUUGGUCGCAUUCUUCUUUACAGUGACGCAUGUCCGCAAACAUGUGCAAGUGAUACAUAUGGUGCCGAACACUUAUGUCGUCUCUUGGUUACUCUCCCUGAACUCAUCGCUCAAACCAAUAUGGACCUUCAAUCUGUCAAUCGUCUCAGAGAAGAACUUAGCAAGUUGACAAGCUGGAUUGGCAAAAAUGCUAAAGAUUACUUCGUCAACGAAUACGAAACCCCUGGUGCAGAAUAUGUUGACAAAGCUCGUAGCAACAAUUAG